AUGGAUCAGCUUGAAGGUUUCCUAGCUGAGGAAAAAGAAGAUCAUGUAUGUCAACUGAAGAAGUCUUUGUGUGGUUUGAAGCAAUCCCUUAGACAGUGGUACAAAAGGUUUGAUGCAUUUAUGACUACACAUGGAUUCUCGAGGAGUGCAUUUGAUAGCUGUGUGUAUUACAAGAAAAUGUCUAGUAACUCUAUGAUUUAUUUACUGUUGUAUGUUGAUGAUAUGCUUAUUGCUGCUAACAACAUCACAGAGAUAAAUAUUUUGAAGAAACUGUUGAGCAAGGAAUUUGACAUGAAGGAUUUGGAAGCUGCAAAGAAAAUUUUUGGAAUGGAGAUUUCAAGAGAAAAUGGUAUUUUACAUCUUUCUCAGAAGAGGUACAUCAAAAAGUUUGAGGAUGGGGUGGAGCAUCAGUCAAAAAUUCCUUAUGCUAGCACAAUUGGUAGCAUUAUGUAUGCUAUGGUGUGCACACAUCCAGAUAUUGCUCAAUUUGUAAGUGUGAAAAAAGGAGAGGAUUACAAAAUUGUAAAAGCCUUCUUGAAGAACCAUGGAUCACUCGUGUCAAGGAAGUACAGUUAUUCUGAAGUUAAAAAGAUGACAGAGUAUUUCAAAAAUAAACUUGAUCAAGGUGGCUAUGGUUUUGUGUACAAGGGAAAGUUACAUAAUGGGAGUCUUGUGGCAGUCAAGGUCUUAAAGGAAUCGAAGGGCAGGGGAGAAGAGUUUAUCAAUGAGGUGGCGAGUAUCAGUAGGACUUCUCACAUUAAUAUUGUAUCACUUGUGGGAUUUUGUUUUGAGGGUCAAGACAGAGCUCUCAUAUAUGAUUUCAUGCCCAAUGGGUCCCUUGAGAAGUUCAUUUUCGAUGCAAAAUCUGGGACAAAUCGUCAACUAGGAUGGAAAACAUUGUACAACAUUUUGCUUGGCAUUGCUAGAGGAUUGGAGUAUCUGCAUCACUAA